GGUUAUGCUCGAAAGAACUCGAAGAAGAUUGUUCGCGCAGUGCAUUAUGGUUUCUGUACCGGCGGUUUGCUUGAUGUUUUCGCCUGGUUCGUCUAAUGUUAGCGUGAUGGUGGAAAGAAGAAUCAAGAACUAAUGUGUUUCUAACAACAGCUAGCCUCUGUGGAGAGGUGCACCGAUGCCAUGGCCUCCAGCCACAGCUCCUCCCCAGUGCCUCAUCCCAGCAGUGGUGGCAGCGAGGGGAUCUUCCGGAAGGACAGGGACCCUUCCUCACGACACUACAGGCCCGUCCACUCCCUGCCUGACGUCUGCCCCAAGGAGCCCACGGCCGAGGUAGCCCGGGGGCUGUGCGAGGGCCCGUCGGUGGUGGCCGACCAGCACAGGUGGACGGUGUACAACUCCAAGGUGAACCUCCCGGCCGCGCUGAACGACCCACGACUGGCCAAGAGGGAGUCUGACUUCUUCACCAAAACCUGGGGCCUGGACUUUGCCGAGACAGAAGUCAUGCCCUCCUUCUACCUCCCCAACAUCACAAAGGAACACUUUGGCCCCUACCUGCAGGAAACGGCUCAGAGGGAGAAAAUCCAUGAGCGAUGCAAGAGUAUCUGUUCCAACAAGGAUGAGCUGGAUGCUGUCUCCAGCAUCACAAACAACCACGACAAAUCAAGAACAGAGUUGGAGCAGGUGCCCAAGAUCUUCAUGAAGCCUGACUUUGCGCUAGACGACCCCACGACCUUUAACGCGGUCCUACCAUGGUCCCACUUCAACAGCGCUGGCGGGAAGAGCAGCAGGGACAUGGCAUCGUCACGGUUACUACAGGAAAAGCUGAGCCACUACCUCGACGUGGUGGAGGUGAGCAUCGCGCGCCAGAUCUCCCUGCGCUCCGAGGCUUUCUUCCACGCCAUGUCCUCCCAGCACGAGCUCCAGGACCGCCUCACCGAAACCGCCCGCGCCGUGGCAGUCCUCCGUGGCCGCACGGCCGCCAUCGAACGCAUCAUGUGCGAAGGCCCGCUGCGGGCACUGCGGCAGGCGCUCACUCGCUCAAACUGCGCACGGCUGCACAACAAGCUGAAGCUGAUGGCGGCGGUGCAUCAGAGCCAGCCCACUGUGCAGCUGCUGCUCUCCACCUCGGAGUUCGUUGGGGCCCUGGAGCUCAUCGCCACCACCAGGAGGUUGAAGAAAUUGACAUCUGACAUCGUCACGAAGCUGGCAGACCAGAUGCGUCUGAUGACCUUCCCCCAGUGGUUUGAGCUGCUGAAGUCCGUCUUUGAGAACUUCGUUCUCUUCCUGAAGAGGAUCAAGGCGACGCUGAGUGUGGUGAGGAAUGUCGUGCUGGAGGCGCUGGACAGCAACCAGAAGAGCCGUCUGCUGGAGCGGGCUGCAGCGGGGGGCCUGACUGAGGCCCCAGGAACUCCUCUCAACCAGGAGGAAGCAGAACUGGCCUACCUCACUCAUGAGGGCCUGUUCAUCAGCGACGCUCUCAAUGAUGCUCAGCUGCACCUGGGGGCAAGCACAGGCCAGGAGCAGAGCUCCACCGUGGGGCCCAGGCAGGCCCUGUCACGUAUGGAUGGUUGUGGUAGUGACUCCGCCUCAGGGACCACCGAGUCGUCCUCCAGCAGGGAACACGCUUUCCAGCCAGGAGGGGCCGCCAUCUCGUCCAGUGAGGACAUGAUGCCCAGUGACCUGGAGCUGGGCCGCGUGGCCAAUAACAUCCAGGAGCUGCUCUACACCGCCUCAGACGUCAGCCACGACCGCUGUGUCAAAGUCCUCUCAGGGACCGCAUUGUGUCAAAAGUCCUCGAUGGCCAGAGCCAUGCACUUCAACCCGCGCGAGCUGCCAGCUGGUCCUGGGCGGCAGGGAGCACUUCCCACUAAAAACCUGGCCCUGGCCUCUCGCUGUCUUCAGCUGGUGGUUCACUACAUUCCCAUCAUCAGGGCCCACUUUGAGACCAAGCUGACGCCCAAGCAGUACAGUGUCCUCAGGCACUUUGACCACAUCACUAAGGACUACAACGAUCACAUAGCGGAGAUCUCCGCUAAACUGAUGACGAUCAUGGACAGCUUGUUUGAGAAGGUGCUGUCUAAGUAUGAAGUUAAGGCCCCCAUGCCUUCGGCCUGCUUUCGCAACGUGUGUAAACAAAUGGGCAAAAUGCACGAAGCCCUUUACGAGCUCCUACCUGAGGAACAGGCACAGGUGUUGUUCCUGAGGAUCAAUGCAAGCUUUAAAAUGCACCUUAAAAGGCAGCUGGCCCGUCUCGGGGUGCACCACGACGGUGGACCUCAACAUGGGCUGGUGACAGUGGAUGUGGCAUUUUACACUGAGAACGUUCAAUCACUGAGGGCACUUGAAAAGCUGGACUUGAACAUGGCUGAGAUCUGGGAGCAGAAGAGAUGAUGGGGGGAGUAGUCAUCCUACCUACAGUGUGACACCAUGUUAACUCACCCUGGAGGGAAGGGAGAAACUAACUCUAAUCAGGUACUUGUUGUAAAGAGACUGUACCUGCUUCACCUUCUAGCAGCCAGCCUGCCCAGGGGACCAUGGAUCUCACUGAAGCCACCUGAAGAGGGCACUGUCUGGGUACAGAAAGAGAGCUGAAGUCUGGUAGUGGUGGUGCUUCAAGGGCGAAACUGCCCCAGGAAGCAACGCUGUGGGACCAAACCCUGAAGCGGCCAUGAUGUAGGACAGGCUAACGUAACAUGGCACCCUAUUCACUAUUUAGUGUACCACCGCAUUAUAUAUAGGGUGCCAUUUUGGACACCGACAUGGGCUUUCUUGUAAAGAGCAGCUCCAUGGGGCUACGCUGAGAUACGAGAGACUUUUAGGACACAACUAACUGCUGCCUGUCACAUCACACUGUGUUUAAUUCAAUUAUAGACUUUGAUGAUUGGCCUGAAAUGUCGACAUGGUUCAGAACAUGUCAUUCUAUUUUUUUUUUUUCAGGUUGAAAGCAUAUUGUUUUUCUCACGUCCGUCAACGAAUAACAAGGCCACUGACGGAUUCAGACCCGUGUUUAAGCUAAAUGGUCUUGUAAGUUGACUUGUAAGUUGACCACUGGUCUUUCAUUGACGUCUAACAAUUUGCACUGAAUACAGCGUUCCCUUCCGCGGUCCUAUAUUUAACCUUUUACUGUGCAAUUUCUCUCCAAUAAUAAUGCCACUGAGCAUUGCUAGUCAAUCUGGUUAGUUAAAUUGCUUGUCAGACAUUAUGCACAAUUGUUCCCCUCUCUGUAAUGACCAAGCUAAGUCAUUCUAUAGAAAGCAUUAUCUUCCAACCAGGCUACAUCAAAUGGGCAGUAAACUCCACUGCAUCAGUUCUAUCCAGCGCUCUCACCUGUUGUAUUGCAUGAACCAACAUUAGCCUCUGGUUUGUCUGUAGUCGAGCUCUAACCAAAAUAGUCUUAUUACCCAGUUCUAUUAACUGCCUGUCUGCACUGUGUGAACGUUACACCUCAUCCAAUGGUAUAUAAAAAGCGGUCUACUUCAAAAGUGCCUACUUUUGAUAACUGACAGACAAUAGUAAACUGUUUGAGUGCCUGUUGGACCCUCAUUGCUGCUAUGGGUAAGGAAGUGUGGCAAACUGAGAAUCUGACCGCAUGCCUGAGCGUUUUGUCUUGAACCCCAGGAAACUGAAUAAAACUUGGGACAAUAUGGAAGCAUU